AACCCGCAUAAACCCAUACGUCCCCCAUAAGCCGCUCCGUUGGGCUUUGCGCCACGGAUACGGACGUUACAUGGAUCGCAUAUCGUGGCUGGAACAAGAACGAUAAUUGCUUGGACUGCGAUCUGAAUCGAAUUUGACACGUUUACCUGCAUACAACCCAACCGUGUUACCUUGCUAUAUCUUCGAGAGAUUCAAAAGACCCGACCCGUUCGUCGCAAGCUACGUUUUCGAUUGCAUUUCCGACUAUCACCCGGUUGUUUCUUGAUAUGGCUAUAGGUUUCGGAUCGAACAGCUCAGCUACUCCCCAUAAUUUGAAGACUGUCGUCUCGAAGGGUUUUUGCUCGACGGAGAUGGAAAUUGAUGGGAAUAAUGAAGAGACGGUAAAUGGAAACAGAGAUACCGGCGCCAACGGAAUAUCGAAACAUGAUACCACUACUCCUUCGCCCCCACGCCGGAAACGCUUGCUUCUAUCGACCGAAAGCUCCUUUGUCGACAAUGUCCUCCCCUCCUUGGUACAAAACCCCGAGAUUGAGUUACGGUUGAUCACGGACGAGCCUUCAGCAUCACUUGCGGGAAUGAACAAGGUCCCACAUUACAUGGACACGGUGGAUAGUCAGACGUUCGAGAAAAAGACGGCUGCCCGGAGGUGGCUGAAGGCCAAGGCGGCAGAGCUGUGUGAAUGGACCGAUAUGCUACUGGUGGCCCCCAUCGACGCUGGAACAUUGGGAUCAAUGCUUGGAGGUUUGACCAACACUCUGACUCUGGCCCUUCUGCGUGGGUGGAAGUCGUCAAAGCCUGUCGUUCUUAUUCCGGGCAUGACAGUUUGUGAAUGGGAACAUCCACUGAGCAACAAGCAGCUCAACGAACUUAAGCGAUUCUGGCCAUGGAUCAGUAUUGUCACGCCAGUCCUGUUUAAAUCAAAAGGACCUGAUGAGCUAGUCCAACUUCCUUGGGACGGCUUGAAGGAACUUCACGGAACUAUUGAAAAGACACUUGGAUUGUCUUUCUCAAACGACACCUCAAAUUCGAGCAAAGCCGAUUAUGCACCAGCGGUAUCGGUUGACAAGUCGGCUGGGAUUAUCACCCCGAUUUCGCGACAGUCGCAGCUCCGACUCAAUAAAACCAAAGAAAACGGCGCACUCUCAUUACCACUGGAACUAUGGUUGAACAUCUUCGAGGACAACCUGGGGGACUGGGAGACCGCCAAAGCUGUUGGUAUCCCUUCAAAUCUUCCAGUUCCCAAGGAGUGGCAAUGUCAUCUCCUGAAGAUGUCGGCCCCUGCGUCGCUAGAAUACACCAUCCUACGAGGCUCAUUUGCAGCAAUCAAAAAGCGCAUCGAUGCCUUGCCACGUUGGAAACCACUCUCCGAUCUCGCCUGCCAUCUCAUUUUCAAGUUCUCACGGACCGACAUUCUCUCCUAUCUCACAGAAAAUCACCUCGACCUUCUCUGGACAACCUCCCGCCUCACAAACCUCCCAUACCGCGCAUCAGCCAUCUACGGCAACCCCAACAUCCUCACCUGGUGGCGCGACGCACCCGCCCUCCCCAACAAAGAAUACAUCGCCGACGCCAUGGACGGCGCCUCCCGCGCAGGCUUCCUCAGUGUCCUCGAAUGGUGGCGCACCUCAGGCCUCGAACUUCGCUACACAGAACGAGCUCUCGAAGCCGCCAGCGCAGAAGGCCACGUCCACGUCCUGGAAUGGUGGAGAAACGCCUCCACAACCGCACCCCCGACAAACCCCCUCCCCCUCAAAGUAGGCAAAUCCGUCCUCCUAGCUGCGCAGUCCGGCCGCGCCGAGUCACUCGCCUGGUGGGACGCCUCAGGAAUCCCGUAUAGCCACGCCGAAUCCGUCGCCCGCAUCUCCAGCACACACGGCCACGUGCACGUCCUGCAACUCUGGCACCGAUUAAAGGGCGCGAAAAUGAUCUUCGACUGCCAGGUUCUCGUUGGACCAACGAAGAACGGACAUGAUAAUGUGCUCGAGUGGUGGCGGCGGAGCGGGCUGCGGGUGGAGUUCAAGACGUGCGAUAUUGAAGAGGCGCUUGAAGACGCAGAUCCGGUUUCUGGCGCUGAGGGGAGGGUUAGGAGGUGGUGGGCGAGGAAUGGGUUGAAUUUGGGGCAUAUUUUUUUUUUUCUCCAUUCUUUUUCUGUCCAUUCUUCAUUCCGUUCUGGUGUUUUUCUCUCUUCGAUUCAUGUUGAUGAUUAUAUGGUUGAUCUGCGCAUGCAUGUCUCUAGCUGGAUCUCGAUACCUAAUGAAUGAACGAGUUAAUUUCACCUAAAUUUACUGCGCGUGAUAGUACGCUGUACAAGUUACAUGCGAUGCAAGGCAAGAAAUGCAACACAGGCUAGCAAUUGAUCAUAUAUUCAGUCAUAAUCGAGUAUUCCCGUCCACCUCUUUGUUCGAAUCCGCGUAAAAA